AUGGAGACACAAGAGCAAAACAGAUGCCAUCUCACGGUUACCGGUGUUGGCAGUGAUGGAAUGCCUAUGACAUUCCUCCAGUCGGUCAGAGUUGACGGGAUCAGACAGGUUGCUCGCGCCGAACCGUUUACUAUUUAUGUUUACAAAGAGCUGGAACUGGGUGUGGAGUUGAAGCUUGGGCUUGAAUUUAUAGGACAUUAUAAUGAGCCGAACCUUGGACUUGUCUAUGAGUACAGUGGGAACGAAGACGGCUUCCACGCUCUCGAAUAUAACCCACAGAAUGGAUUGUGGGUUGAGAGACGGAACACUCUCACUUAG